AUGGAGGACGAACGUUGGUUAUGGCCCUUCAAAACCAAUGCUGAAUUUCACAGACAGAAUAGCGGACAAAAUAUCCAGCACAAUAUUAAUCGGCCUUCUAUAUUAGAGCAUCAAGCUACGACCUACGUACCCCUGGCUGCGAACAUGGGCUCUGCCACUCCUCAUACAUCAUCCGAUUUCAGGCCAUCUACGGAGUUUAGAGCCAGGACACCGGAAGAAGGCCGGCCGCAACGCCUCCCUCUCACAGAUCCAAAAGAUCGACUGCAAUGCCUUCGGGAGCGGCUCAAGGGAACUGCCAAAGGAUUGGCAUGGGGAGCUACCGCUGAUCACUCCUCGAGUACCGUGCUACUUCCCCCCCAAGGGAAGACAUUAAAAAGUGACAGUGUGCGGAAAAUCUGGGAAGAUGACCGCCAUCCAAGUGUUGUGGCUGGUGGGCAUCACACUCAGGGCUCUGCAAACGCUUCAACAGUUCUUCCGCAAUGCGCUCCUAUAUACUGCCAAAACGAAACCCCAUACCGCGCUGGAAAUACAAGCACCAUUUCACCCAGCCCUGCUGCUUUCGUUUACACAAAUGCUCAAUCUUCGAGACCAGUGCAGUCUAUCAAAGAACAAGGAACACGCAGCACUGGCCCCCUUACUAGCGGUCACCCACCAAAACACCCUCCAGCCUCCACCGUAAGCAGAAACUGGAGACAACGAGAUAACUCUCCCUAUCUCGACCCCGUCCAACCCAACCAGCAUGUUCAACGUCAGUUUCCCUCUACAAAAUUCACACGACCGCAAGCACCGCUUCAAGCAUCAUACCAAGCACUGUCUGAAGCACCAUCACGAGCAUUACCGCCACAGGUACGACAACACGCAUCACUCCAAGUACCACCGCUACAGGUACGACCACAGGCACCGCCCCAACCACGACUCCAAUCAACCCCCCAACUACCACCACCCCCACCCCCUCAACCCCAAACAUAUCAAACAGCCGCACCUCCGUACAUCCCUGCAUGCAUAUCCUACAACCCGCAACCAGCAGCCCGCUACCCCGAGCCACCAAAUCUCGGCACAAGAUCAGGCCAGUUCCCACCUGCAUUCUUUGAGGCGCUGCUGAGUGAUGCGAAAAAGUACCCAGAUUGCCCCGGAUGUAAGCAGGAGAUGCAUAUUGAUUGCCCGAACAGUUUGUUGCAUAUGAGCUGGUGUACGAGGGGGAGGUGGUGUGCGUGA